AUGGCGCGCCCCGUCGAUCGGGCCGUUGUGCAACCCGUUACGCGCAUCGCUGGCCCCACCCGUCGCUCGCCCGUCGUCCCACCGGCUCGCUGUCCCGCUGCUGCUGCGCUAGCGAGGACGACCUGCGCGAGGGCGCUCGUCGCGCCCUACCGUUACGGCCCCAAUUCACCCGCGGACCCGCCAGCAAGAGAGCCAGCGGAUCCGCGGACCCAUCCCGCCCCCCCCCCACCGACAACUGCCGCCCCACCCCCAUCUCUGACUCCGUUUCCAGCGGGAAGGGGAGGAGGUCCGCCUCCUCCUCUCAUCCCCUGCCCCGUACCUCCCGUAUUGCCCGAGUUCCCCGUGCUUGCCCCAUACCCCACCCGUUUCACCCGUGCUGUCCGUACCCGGUUGGGCCCCACCCGUUUCACCCGUGCGUCCCGUGUUCCCGUGCUGCUCCCGCGCUCUCCCCGGGUUCCCAUGCUGUCCCCGUGUUCCCGUGCUGUCCCCGUGUUCCCGUGCUACUCCCGUGCUGUCCCCGUGUUCCCGUGCUGUCCCCGUGUUCCCGUGCUGCCCCCGUGUUUCCAUGCUGCCCCCGUGCUGCCCCGUUUUGCAUGUGUCGUGCCCGUUCCCGUGCCGUGUUGCCCCGUUCAGCCCUUGUCCUGCCCCGUUCUGCGUGUGCUGCCCCGUUGUCCCCGUGUUGCCCCGUUCUGCCCGUGUUGCCCCGUUCAGCCCGUGUCCUGCCCCGCUCUGCCCGUGUUGCCCCGUUCUGCCCGUGUUGCCCCGUUCAGCCCGUGUCCUCCCCCGUUCAGCCCGUGUCCUGCCUCGCUCUGCCCGUGUUGCCCCGUUCAGCCCAUGUCCUGCCCCGUUCUGCCCGUGCUGCCCCGUUCUGCUCGUUUGUGCCCUACCCGUGCUGUCCGUACUCGUUCGUGUCCCACCCGUGCUGUCAGUUCUUGUUCGUGCCCCACCCGGUCUGUGCUGCCCGGUCUCAUGCUGCCCGUCACCCCCGUGCGGCCCAUCCCGUACAGCACCUAG